CCAUCCUGUCACGCUGCUGUGCGUUAUGACGCGGGGCUGCAUUACGUGAGACUGUCGACUCAGCACCGGAUCUUGCUUAUGUAACGCUGCUGCAAGAGGAGAGGAGCGGAGGACUGACGGAUGGCUAAUUUACUGAUAAAUAACGGCGAGUUGGCUGAUGUCUGAGCGGCUGCCGGCGGAGAGAACAAUGCUGGGUGUAGGUCGCCGGGCCGCAGUGUGAGAGCCGGGUCUGGGCACCAGGGGCCUGUCCCUCCGCACAGUCUGCAGCCUGCGGAACAUUCUGAUUUUUCUGCAGAUAAGAGGUUGAAUUGGUCUCCUUUCUGCAGGAAUAAACCAAUGCGGGUUUGUUUUAGAAGAGAAACGCCUUCACAUUCUGAUCCUCACCAUCCUUUCUGUACUGAUCCGGCGGACAGCGCUGUGAUAAACAUGGCGGGUCCGGAGCAGUGCCAGCAGCAGGUGGAGGAGCAGGCGGAGCGCAUAGAUGAUGCUGAGAUGGCUCUGCAGGGCAUCAACAUGCUGCUCAACAACGGCUUCAAGGAGAGCGACGAGCUCUUCAGGAGAUACAGGACCCACAGCCCGCUGAUGAGCUUUGGGGCCAGUUUCGUCAGUUUCCUGAACGCCAUGAUGACAUUUGAGGAGGAGAAGAUGCAGACGGCCUGCGACGACCUGAGGACCACGGAGAAGCUGUGUGAAAGCGACAGCGCCGGGGUCAUCGAGACAAUCAGGAACAAGAUUAAAAAGAGUAUGGACUCACAGAGGUCGGGCGUGGUGGUGGUGGACCGCCUGCAGAGACAGAUCAUCGUUGCUGACUGUCAGGUGUACCUCGCCGUGCUCUCCUUCGUCAAGCAGGAACUCUCAGCUUAUAUCAAAGGAGGCUGGAUUCUCCGUAAGGCGUGGAAGAUGUACAACAAGUGCCACAGUGACAUCAGCCAGCUGCAGGCGGGCAGUGAGCAGAGGUCCUCCCUUCACCAGGAGCCCCUCACCACGGACAACGCCAACCACAACGCCCCAGUGGAGAGCUGCGUGACGGCCGAGGCCCUGGACCGGCUCAAGGGCUCCGUCAGCUUCGGCUACGGCCUCUUCCACCUGUGCAUCUCCAUGGUACCGCCUCACCUGCUCAAGAUCAUCAACCUGCUGGGUUUCCCCGGCGACCGUCACCAGGGCCUGUCCUCCCUCAUGUAUGCAAGCGAGAGCAAGGACAUGAAGGCACCACUCGCUACGUGAGUAAACUUCCUUUUAAUUAUUAUUCAGUUUUUAUAACAGAGACACAGCAUUGGUGCUGAUGGGGGAACUGAACUGAAAACCAUAAUAAAUGUUACCAUCAAACUUCCCCAGUUCAUUUAUUAUAUUAAGACAAUUAUUAAACUUUUAUCAUGUUUAAAUAUGCAAACGAGGAAUUAUCUUAUGAAAUAUGUGAUUAUUAUUAUUAUACAUUUCCGCAAACAUUAAACUGACCUUUGGAUGAAGCAUGGUUCAAAAUUAUUGUUUUAUGUUGUUGCCAUAUUACAGAAGAAGCUUUCAGAAUCAUUGUGUCACUCCAAAAAUCUGAAAAUCAUAAAUCGCCAUAUUUUCAAGGAAUAUAAGUGAAAAUAAAUCGGGCUAUUAACAAGAUUUAACCAAACCCCUCAACAGAAUAAUGAUAUGAAUGAGUGGAGAUUUCUGUUUUUCAGUUUUUCUACUCUUAGUAUUAGAAGAAUGUUAUUUUAGGAAACAGUCCUUAAAAAUAUGGAUUGUAACACAUACUGGUUAAAAUGUUAAAAUAUAAGGCAUUAUCUAAAGCUUACUUUU